CACACACACAACGUUCUUGUCACACCUGCAGUAGUGUAUAAUUUUCUUUCAUUGCUUUGUGCCGAACACACCACUGGGUACCUUCAUGCAGCUUUCUGAUGCACAGGCUCCGCUCUGGUCACGUGAUCUCGGUGUUGCCUCUGCAGCAGAGGAGCUAAAGGCAAAACAGCGGAGCUAACGGUUCUCCUGGAAGCUGCUGGAUCAAAGCUGCGCUAUAUCGGACUGACAACAAACACCUGCAAUGAUGAGCUAAACGACCACAGGGUUCAGGAGUGUGUUGAGUCAGCAGCAGAAUGCCCAUCCCUCCUCCUCCGCCUCCCCCUGGUGGACCCCCGCCUCCCCCCACCCUCUGCCAGGCCAACACCAACCCCCCAAAGCUGAGCGGGGAUGAGGCCAAAGGUCGCGAUGCUCUGCUGUCUGACAUCUGCAAAGGCACCAGGCUGAAGAAGGUGGCGGUGGUGAACGACCGCAGCGCUCCGCUGCUCGACAGUAAGACUCAAACACCAAAGAGCCAAACACCUCCCACAGAGCACCCAUACAUUCGCUUAUACCAGUACCUACAGCACCAGAAGCAGCCUAAACAGCAGGGGGCACCAUCUGAGGAGCUGAAGAGGACAGCCGGAGAUCAGAGCUCCUCUCUGUCCCUUCAGAAGUCCAAAGGAGGCGGAGCAGCUGCAGGAGCCAAUGGCAGCGCAGCAGGAAUUCCAUCAGGGUCUGUUCCACCAAUGGGAAGCCUGUUUACUGGCAGCAUUCACAAGCUGAGACCCGUCGGAGACACCUCCUCUGGAUGCUCUCCAUCCACGCGUGGUGCUGCGCCCCGCCCACCAAGCCAGCGCCCUGACAAUCCUGAAAGCCCCUCCCCUCAGAUAUCACCAAUGUGUUCACAGCGUCCUUCCCUCCCUAAUCUGUCCUCCUCCCCUGCCCAAUCUGCCCCCUCUUCUGCUGCUUCCUCCCCCUCUGCCGGCAUGAAACACUCUUCCUCUGCACCACCUCCCCCUCCUCCCCUUUGUCGUCGUGGUAAUGCCCCGUCUCCUCCCUCCACCACUUACAACAGAGACAAGCCCCUCCCACCUACUCCUAACAACACCCCGCCCCUCCCAUCCAAGCCACCACCAUCUCCUAGCAAUGGCAGACGCCCCCCCACUUCUGGAGGAAACUCCACCUUCUCUACCACCUCUUCCCUGGCCCUGCCUCGUCCACCCUACCGCAUCAACGGACCAACGGGUGGUGCUGAAACAGCACCGGAGCUGCCGCAACGUCACAACUCUUUGAGCAACAAGAGACCCGCCCCCUCACCUGGAGGCCACACCCCCACCAGGGGCCCCGCCCCUCCACCUCCCCCAGCAUCCCCCACACCCUCCCAACAGGGGGCUAACAGGCCAAUGCCUCCUGUCAGAGAUCCACCAUGUAGAGGUGCAGCCCCUCCUGUUCCAGCCCAGUCAUCAUCAUCAUCAUCAUCCUCUUCACUGAGGGCGGGUGGCAGAGAAGCUCCGCCUCCUCCUCCGUACAGGACACAUGGUAGCCCCUCCCUGCCCUCUGAACUCCCCGGCAGAGGAAAACCUCCUCCUCCGCCCUCCCGCACUCCUGCAGCCCUUCCCCCACCUCCUCCCCCUCUCCGUAACGGACACUCCGCCUCCUCCUCCAUCCCUCGCUCGUUUGUUGAUGACUUUGAGUCUAAGUAUUCAUUCCAUCCUCUGGAUGACUUCCCCCCUCCAGACGAGUACAGACACUUCACGAAGAUUUACCCGAGCAAAGCCAACAGAGUGAUGAGAGGAGCCCCGCCCCUUCCUCCUGUAGGGAGGUGAACGACAUGAUGAAGCCUCACACACAUACUGGCUUUGCCAUCCCAUCGUUGCCCCAUCUGCAGAGGGGAUGCCUGAUUUAUGGACCAAUCAGAAGGAGUUGUGUGUGAGACGGGAGGAAGAAUCGGGCUAAAAGAGGAGGAGCAUCGUCAUCUUCUGCUCACUUGUUUGAUUCAUCACAUCUUUCUGCACCUGCACUUUUUGUUUGAUCAGACUUCAGCCUAGAGGAGGAAGAGGAGGUGAUGAAGAUUUAAAGGACCAGCUGAGAAGAAGCUACUCUGAUUUAUUAUAGUUUGAUUUAACACUAACAAAAAACCUUGAAAAUGUUCAAACCUGACAGAUGAAUCGAUUACUAAUCUAUUAGUAAUCUAUUACUAACCUCUGACGGGAUGAAAGAACCACAAACUCACACUGGGACUUCCAGAGACCUGGACCUGAGAGCAGACCAGCUAACCGGGUACUUCUAAUAGACUCAGUAAAACUGUAAAUACUCUCAUUCUUCAGCUUCAUCAGCAGACCUGCUGGUUCUGAUGGUUCUGAUGAGGUCAGCAGCAGAAUCCAGUUUUUGAACAGUUCGACUCUAAAAAUGCCAAGAUGGGCCGAAGCAACCCACGGAGGUGAUGUUAGGAAGCUCCUCCCACCCCUGCAGGCCGGUCAGCUGAUCAAACUGAUGGGUAUUUGGACCUGCUGGUCCAGCAGCCGCCACCACCAACUAGUGUUGUGUUAUUUCAGUGUUACACCCUCAGCAGCAGGAGCAGUUUGAGCUUAAACUGGAAACCAGCAGCGAGAGAAUUCAGUUCAGGAGAAAAUGAUGAACAUUUUCAUCCUUUUACACAUUCAUCUUGUUUUUUCCCUUUGAAAUAAUCCUAGAAGUUUGAUUCAAUGAAGUCAAAGGUUCCAGUCUGGGAGAGAAUGAGCUGCAACACACACACACACACACACACACACACACACACACACACACACACACACACACGUAUGUACGUUAACAGGGAAAAGUCCCAAGUGAAUAACAAGGUCAGUAAAUAAAAGACAAAUUUUAAUUAUAAAACAACGUUUUGUUAAUAAGCAAAUGAAACCAGAUUCGGUCUCUAAUCUAAUAUUGUAUUAAGAAAAACCGAAUGAUUAGAAAUUCACUAAAACAGAUGAAACGGAACAACUCGAUUCAAAGUACAGACAGUAAUAUUAGAUUUAAGGUCAUUUUUCUCUCUAGUCUGUUGUAAGGAGUUUUUUUUCACGCAUCAAUAUUUCCCUAGGAGUUGCAUUUGUUUUUACGUUUGGUGAUCAGAGGAGGGACUUUGAGAUCAUUUCAGAAUAACUAGCCUCAGCGUUAUGUUGGAUUCAUCGGUUUUAUGUUCCUGCAGGUGUUGUGACCUGUGCGGUGUCUCUGUGCUCCAGGUCAGAUGGAGUGUGUCUGAAGGCGGUUUCUACCCUCCUCCUGGUUGGGCCGUGGUACUGAGCACCUUCCUGUCUAAGCAGACUUGACUUAUCUGUUCAACUGAAACAGAUUUAUUUCCACCAGAUUCACUGAAGACGUGUCCCGGUUCUGUUCAACUGACACCCCCCCCCCCCCCCGACUCUGUUUGCCUUACAAACCGUUGCUCCCCGUUCGAGCCUGUGAGUCUGAACUCUGCUGUCGCUGUUGUAAUGUGUCUCCAGGCUGCAGGUGACCGGUCCUGCAGUGCCUUUCAGACACUGGGCCUGAUGGUUGUGUCUGUCCCAGUUUAACAGCAUGCUCUCUAACUGGUUUGUGCAUCUUCUAACUGCAGGUGUCUGAAAUAAACUCCAGCAGACUCUA